AGCAAUCUCACAUUAGUCAAUUUGCGCAUGCGUGGUCUCAAGUCGACUAGUAGCAGGACGAAGAGACAACUUUUAAACUUGAUGUAUGUUUUAAUGGAAGUUUUGUUCAGAGAAGACCCCGUAAAUACACCGAGAAUUGCGGACGUUUGCCGGAGAUCUCAACCUCAUAGUCGGGGUUAGAAAUAAAGGAUUAAAGGACUUUAGUUGAAGGUUUCUGGAGGACUCGGAUAACGGCAGAGUGAACACACACACACACACACACACACCAUGUGGUGGUUCCAGCAGGGUCUGUGCUUCCUGCCUGCGGCGCUGGUCAUCUGGACGGCGGCGUCCUUUGUCUUCGCUUACAUCACAGCCGUGGUGCUGAAGCAUGUGGAUCCUCUGUUGCCUUACAUCAGCGACACGGGAACGAUGGCACCAGAGAGGUGUGUGUUCGGCAUCAUGCUGGAUGUGUCAGCCUUCUUAGGAAUGGCGACGGUGUACGUGCGCUACAAGCAGGUGGAGGCUCUGACGUGUGAAGAGGAGCUGAAGCGGGUCAGACUGAACCGCGUCGGGCUGCUGCUCGGUCUCAUCAGCUCCUUCGGGAUGUGCGUGAUCGCCAACUUCCAGAAGACCACGCUGUUCUCCAUGCACCUGGUGGGGGCGGUGCUGACCUUCGGGGUGGGGGCUCUCUACAUCCUGGUGCAGACGCUGCUCUCGCUCUACAUGCAGCCCCACGUCCACAGCAAGAACAUCUACCUGGUCCGUCUGGGGGUGGGCCUCUGGACCCUCGGCAGCAUCAUCACCAUGUUCGUAUCGUCGGUCAUCAUGUACAGCAGUCUGCCGGGGGUCGACGUCGCUCACAAACUGCACUGGACUCCUGGAGAGACGGGUUACACGGCUCACAUCAUCAGCACCAUCUCUGAGUGGUCUCUGGCCUUCUCCUUCAUCAGCUUCUUCCUCACCUACAUCAGAGACUUUCAGAAAAUCACCCUGCGUGUGGAGGCGGACCUUCAGAGCAGCCACCUGUACGACAGCUGGUCUCAGUCUCCGCAUCACAAAGGUGACUCCUCGGAGACGUCUCCUCUGCUGGCCGGAGGGACGUGACCGCAGAGCCUCCCGCUUUACACUGACUUGAACCUUUUUCUAAAGACUUUCUCAAAUCUGCUGUUUUGGGUCAGCAUAGUUGUAUCUCUCCAGUCAAAUCGUUUUGAUCAAAGCAUUUCAACGUAACACACCUGGCUAGUCAAGCCAAACUAUCUGACUGGAGAGAUGUAUACAUUCAUUUUGUAUGUUAGGUGAACUGACCCUUUAGAUGCAAAUGUGACACUUUGCACUUUGACCUAAAACUGCAUCAGUCCCUCUCAGUGACUUUGUCCACUUCAGCGCAGCACUUUAUAUCAUGUAUACUUGCUAUUCAAUUGAAAAAGGCAACCUCUCACCACCUUAAUGAGUCCAUAAAGCCCACUGAGGGUCAUAUGGUUUCAACUGUAAUGGGAGUUUACAGUCUGUGCAUACAGGACCGUUGCAUUUUUAAAACUAUUUCUAAGGAUGCUUUCCAUAUGCUACCAAAUAAUACGGUGUAUUUUUCACAGUUUUUACUGUAACUCAAAUUCAAAAAUAUAUUAUAAACACGAUCACAUUUGAUAAUUAUUUGUAUAUCAAUUACUCACCGGUUCUAUGUUUUAACAUCAUGAAUAAUGUCAUUUUAAAAUAACUGAUUAGCUUUUAAUUUUCAAUGUAAAAUACUUUUUUUCAUAUUUUGUUGCUGCUUUAAUAUUCAUACUGUUUUUAAAACGGUAACAACUCUUUUUUUGUUUUCCAGAAAAUAUUUACAUUUAGCUUUUAGCUGAGACCAACAAUGGUUUCCAUUAACAAAAUAACUUUUUGCACUCUGAGGCUGACAUUUGGCACGGAGGUUAAGUGUUAGUUCAGUUGUGUGUGUGCGAAUGCAUGAAUGUGUGUGGAUACAAUUAAUAUGUUAUUUGUUUCUGAAUAUUUCAUUGUUUACUUAAACUAGAUAGCAUUAAUACUUUUAAUUAAUGCCGCCUGAACAAUUCCAAUUGACACCUUUGUUUACUUCCGUAAUAUAGUGGCAUCACUAUGUAACAUUAAAGUAUGGAAACAUGUCACAGUAGACACAAAAUACAAACAUAAACCAUCUGUCUAUAUCAUAUAUUGACAUAUCUACAAUAUUUAAUCAGACACAAUCUCCUUACUGCUAACAUUGAGUUGCUAUUGUGCAUUGUUCUGUUGCUACGUUAUUCAUGUUGAGAGAAAUAAAGAUGUAUUUCUUGUU